AUGUUGGAAAAGCAACUUUCUGUCCUUCUGGCAACAUAUCUCAAUCGCUUUAUCUGUGAUCUCAAUGAGGAGCAACUGCGUGUCUCCCUUUGGUCCGGUGACUUGGUACUGCGUGAUCUGGAGCUGCGAACGAACAUCAUUGACCAGAUCAUUCUUUUCCUCUUUCAGGGUCGGCAGGAGGGCGGAGGCCACGAGGAGGCGGCGGGCGGUGAUGCCGCAAAGGCGGUGGCGCAGGCACUCAUGACGCCCUUCACAGUUGUCAAGGGACUAGUGAAGAAGUUGACGAUCAGUGUUCCGUGGUCUGCCAUUGAUCGCGAGCCAAUCAGUGUGGAGGUUCAUGGGGUGGAGAUUCUCUUUGGCCUUUUGCGUGGAAGGCCACACAACGCCGAUGAGGAUGCCGCCCGCGUUAUGGUGGUGAAGCAAAAACAGUUGCAUAUGUUUGAAUUGGGAAGAUUAGACGGUCGAACGGAAGGCCAUGCAGUUGCGACGGGCGCCGCUCUUAAAUCCGACACCGGAGGUGGGACAAAAAAAAAUCUCUCUUACGUUGAGAAACUCAUCGAGACAAUCAAAAGAAAUAUCCAUGUCGUGAUGCGCGAUGUAUCCUUGAACUACGUUGUGAGCUAUCACGGUCUCGCUCCGUGUUUUAAAUGUGCGCUUCGCGUAUCGUUGGAUUACAUGUGCGUCACCGCAACGGAUGAGGAGUGGGAGGAUCGUUUUGUCAUGGACCUGUCAAUGCCCUACCGCAAGAAAUUGGUGAUGACCGGGCUGCGGGUUUCAGUCCAUGCAAUAGAAAAACAGCACGCUGAGGAGGCGGAGACUCCGGGCGAUGAAUCGUCAAAGUGGCAGAGGGAGAUGGAUAUCGUUGAGGUGGAGGAUCUCACAAUGUGCCUCCAAUUAUCAGGAGGCAAAGAGAGCGCAGAUAUUGAGUUGGAUGCCGCGGAGCAAUCUGUGAUUUCUGUGAAAACAACUGCUCCCAUCCGGCUUCGAGCAUCUUUUGGAGUAAUUGGGUUUUUAGCCAUCAUCAAUGAUUCACUCAAAAAUGGUUUACUGGGGUUGAACUACAGGCAACACCUUCACUUCCUUGCCAAAGGUAACGAGGAGAACCUAAAGUGGACGCAGCGACGCUGGAAAUUUGCCCUUUGUUGCGUCAUGGACGACGUCAGAAGAUCCAAAAACAAAACAAAAGGACAUCAGCGUUUCAUUGAAGGUGUUGUUCUCUUUGGCAAACGUCGAAGGGAGUAUUGUGCGUUAUGGAAGAGAUGCCAGGGGGUGGAGUGGCUUCCACCCCUUACAUCGGACGAAAAGGAUAAUCUGGAUACUCUGGAGGAAAUCCUUACAGUGGAGCAAAUUGUGUUUUUGCGGUGCCUGGCGUAUGCUGAUCUGAGUAGGGAACGGCAAUCCAUGAGGCAACAAAAGUUGUACAUUGAGGAUGUAAAGAAGCGAAGGGAGAUAAAAAAACAGAGCGUUGAAUCAGCUGGCAGCCGGUGGUGGUGGUGGUGGCGGCUUAGGCAGGGGAAGGUCCAUGAAAGCGCCACCGUGAGUGAGGCAAAUGAAACUGAAGGUGUGGCAGGUGGAUUUGAGGCGGAAUGGGAAUUUGGUUACAAUUUUCUUCAGUACAUUGCGACAAGACAUGUGGUGGGAAAUUCUAUGAAAUCAUCAUUAUCUUCGUGUUCGCCAUCAACAGCUACCAUGGCGUCUACGAAACCCGUUCUCAUUGACGCGCAGUUUCCACAGGUAGAUGUGGAGUUUGAGCCACACGCCUGGAGGAGCGACCUGACUGAAAAGAAGCCUCUUCUCUCAUACCUGGAGAAUCUGCAGCAAAAUCUAAAUGCCCGCCUCAAUUCUGUGGUUUUUAAAUACACUUUAACUUCAACUCCACAAGAACAGCUUGUUGGAUUCAGCCUGUCCGUUGAAAGUGCUUCUGUGGGCUUUACCGGAUCCUUGCCAUCCGCUGUACUAUACACACGUGAGGUGUGUGAAGGGAAAAAGAGGGGAAAGGACGUCGGUGAUAGAAAUUUUGUGCGUGAGCCUUGGUUGUCCAUCAGUGUCAAUGAAACGCAUUCCAUGUUAAGUGCUUUUAUCACCAGCACCUCUCUAACUCUUCAGCCAUGGUGUGAAUUGCAGUGGUGGAUGGCCGGUGUUCAACAUUUUCUGGCAGUGCUGCCAGAAUACACGAAGCAGGAAUUCAGCUCUCCCUGUGAAGUGCCCAAUUCGCACAGCCGCUUAUCAUCUUUGCCUACAAUGGAUAUUAACUUUGCUGAAGUUUUUCUUACCGUACCUUUGUUUAGUGCAUACGGGAACGAGAGGAAGCUGGUUGUUCACGCCCCCGACAUUCAUCUAUCCACUGUAAGCGAGAAGAAAGAGGGGCAGAAUGAUCAGCAUCGGCUCAUACGAGAGCCUCCUCCCAUUGUGGGCUUGCAUUUCUUUGUGGGUGAAGAAGAACCAGUGCGACUUUACUGCGAGGGCAUUGGUGACAUUUUGGUGUUAUCCUACGUAAGGGUGGACGUGGCAUCCGCUGAGCAGUUGAGUGCUGAGGUGAGUACGCGUGCCAAGUUGGCAAUUGCCCCCAGCGUGCUUGGACUCAUUAAUAACCACAUGGAAUUUUUUGAGGUUUCACAGGGAGAUGUUGGAGAAUCUCUUCUUUGUGAAGUUAUGAACAACAAUGGGAAGUGGUGCCUGGAGUCAAACAAUGCGCUUUCUGUUGGAGGCACCAUCAUGACGUUUCCAGGAGCCCGAUGCCGCAGUUUCCUCCGACUGCUCCACCAGUCAGCUUUCGCACGAGGAGUGGACCACAGAGAAAGGACCGCGCCGUCUGCUGCUGAAGCCACAUCGCCACUGUUGCACCGUUUGGUUUUACGUAUUGACUUUGCACAUGCAACUUUGCGUAACACGAACAACGAGGACGUUGUGGAAGUGGAACUGCCGGGGGUGGAAAACUCAGGCUAUGAAGAGGCAUCUUCAUUCGGAUCUCUUCCGUCAAAAGAUGCGUUUGUACUAGAUAUGACAUACUCCGUUAUGAACGGUUACAACAGCUUGAUUUGCCUACCGGAUGUACAUGUCACGGCCCCUUCGGGCCAACACGUAUUUGUGCUUGAAGGUCUGAGAGUCAUGUAUAGCACUACCACCUUGCUGGCUUCUGUGGAAGCCGAGGUGCUGGACAUACGGGUCUGUCAGUCUCUUGUUGAUUGUGUGGAACUGUUGCUGAUGUCCUGUGCCUCAUGGCAAACUACUCCGUCCUCCGAUUUGUUGACGCGUCCCAGCCUGGAGGAAAAUCCAGGCGUGACCGUUUUGUCAGGCUCUGCCGCAAACACUGGCCAGGUCAUAGAGAUGAGUAUAAAACGGUUGAGCCUUUGCUUUCAGUUUCACCAGACGGAGGAGUGUGUUGCCGUGCACCUGAACGAAUUGUUACUCCGUGCUGAUAGCUCGUGUGGUGGUCAAAAUUUAAAACUACAGGGUUCUCUUGAUAGGGUGGAGUACAUUGCGGAGGACGCGGAGGGUGUGAAAACAUUUACGCUUCUUGCGUCCAGCACCGGCCUUCUGGGAAGCGUAGAGGCCCCUUCCUUCACGUGUACCGUGGAGAGCACGACCGUCGCGGGCGGUGGCGUUGGUGGGCAAACUCGCGUGUCGUUUUGCAUGAGGGGUGGCAGAGUGGGUGUGUUUUACGCGUACUGGAUGCGGCUGCUCUCGGUGCGGCGCGACCCCACCGUUGUGAGUCUGUUGAAUCUAUUUGGCUCUGAUGACUGCAGGUGUGGCUUGCCCGAUACGCCGAAGGCCCCUCAGGAAAUAUCACACAAGUCAACAUCAGCGAGUGCUGCGAAAGUUGCCCCCGGCUCGGUUGUCAUUUCGGGUGAAGUGAAAGCGUUGGAGCUGCUUCUUGCAACGGACGCCACCCGGGAGGUGGACUGGCUGGACAGCAAGACUUACUGCUACCUUUUUGUUGAUGGGGUUUCCCUCUUGGCGGAGACUCCAGGAGACAAUGGAAACAGCCGCCACGGCAGCCGAAUUGCGGUCGAAGCGCCUCCGUCGCUCCGGGGGCAAUUGAAGCUGUUUGGCAUUUCCCAAUUCUCCCCGGGAGGGUCCGAAGGCGUGUUGCUACCAUUCAUCACGCAGGUGUCAUUAAUUUUUGAGAAUUACACACGGCUGGUGCCAAACGCAGAAAAGAGUGGGUACGAGUAUGUCAAGGGUGGAAGUGAAGACAUGGCAGUUCACGUGUUGAUUGGUCCGUCGGACCGCGAUGACAAGGCGAAGGAAGUGCCGGCGGAGGCGGCGAUGGAUGUCAAACUCACCAUGCCCAUGCUGAAUGCUUUUCUAUGGGUAUUUUCUGCCAACAUUUUUAACGCGUCUCCCUUGGCCGAUGGGAUGCAGGAGUCUGAUGAAAUGACAAUGCCGACAGUGGGGGGUGGGAGGCUGGUGUCCGGGACCGGAUCAUCGUCACCACCACCAACACUCUCGUUGCUUGUCACCAUUGCCUCGGUGCGCUUUGUUCUCAUUAAGGAACCUGAUAUUUUCGUCAUGCGUGCUCAGUUUCAGGUUUAUUUGUUUGACGGUGGUGAAAGCGAAGAUGCAGUGACGCAGAUGAUCCAUAUCAAUGCGCUGACUAUAGAUGAUAUCAGCCCCAAUCGCCGCGUUAUGAGACGUGAAGUCCCUCAAUGGCAACAGCAGCAGCAUGGCAUCACACGAGAGUCACACACAAGUCAAAAGAAGCGGAUGCUUGAACUGGAGAGUGGAUGCAUCACCACGUUGAGAUUACUGGAGGGUAUGAACAACACCAUGUUGGCCAUGACAACCAAUGUGCUGCUGAACGGUGUACACUUUUCCACUGCCAGGUGUUCGUGGACGACGCUCAUGGGCAUGCUGCUGCUCGACGUCUCUUCGGCGGCAUGGGCAGCGUUGACAAACGGUUCCUCUAAAGUCCAGGGCGAGUCGAAAUCGAAGCCAUUGACGCUGGAAGUGACGGUUCACCAGAUCCAUGUACAACUGGAGCUGCCGUGGGAAGAGCCUCUGGCAGAACUCUCAAUACGCUCCGUGAGCGCGCAGCUUCAUGAGUGUGAUGGAAACAAAAUAGCGGAGUUUUCUUUGGAUGAUCCCAUCUCUUUUACUCCUUAUCUCAAUCACGCACCGCAGGCGAACAUCCUGGAAUGGGGAGAAAUGAGUGAAGAAAAAACGCACACCACUGCGUCAAGGCCUUUUCUUCACGUCAUUUUCACAGAAUCGCACGAGAAUUGGAAGGAAUACGAUUUCCAUACGUCUUAUGAAGAGAAGCCACAGGUUUUUUACCCCAAUAGAGUAGAAGUCACUCUUCAGUCGCCGAGGCUAGUUGCGGAUGUGAAUUUUAUGAUGCGUUUAUUACGCUUUGCGUCGGACGAGGCGGAUGCCUACAGUUUGCUUUUGGGGGCUUCAACUUCCGUAAAGGCAACGCCCAUGACGUUUGUGACCGUGAUGGAUAUUUCCGUGAAGGACCUCCGGGUGCUUUUUUCCACGUCGGAAGCAACACCAGCACCACGCUGGUAUCUUACUGUGGAAGGUGUAAAGUUGACAAAUGAGUGUGUCGAAACGACUGUUAGCGACAAACCUUUAGGAGUAAUGGAGUGCAUGAACUGUUUCUCUAACGUCUACACUGUGAAUGUAUAUGGAGCGUUCCUCUCCUGUCAGCAGCUUUACCCGUUACGGUUACCGAACACUGUGGUACGUGCUCAGAUCCCCAUACCGCAGAGCUUAUUUACUGAGUGGAAGUCAACAGUGUCUGUCACACCCGAUGAUCGUGCGCACGUGCGCUCCACGUUUAACUUUGUUUCGCCCUCAUCACUGAAUGACCCCCAAUCGGUGCCUUCUUUUUGUAAGCUUGUUCACAUUCAAACGGAGGAUGAUGCCUCUCUUUCAUUUUCUGCACUUCAUGUGCGGGAUGCACUGCGUGCGCUGCUAUUGCAAGCGCCUUCUGAAGAUGUGCCGCCAUAUUACGUCCCGCCCGUCAAGUUAGCUCAUGCGCCUGUUUGUGCGACUUCUUCCGUCUCGGUCACUCUGCCACGGGUUUCCGUUCGAUUGACGGAGAGCGGUCACGUCAAUGCGACAGCGGAUGCAUGUGCAGACGGUGAAAAAGGUGCAAGCGGCAAUGGCCUUACCAAAAGUGCCGCCGCCGCUGCCGCCAUUCUCGCGGAAAUUCGCUUCCUUGAAGUUGUGGCACUCUCCGCGUCCCUUUUCCCGCAUGAUGAGAUAACCAUGCGGGCGCGGCUUUCUAUACAAGGGGCAUUUGAGCUUCUUGACGGGAAUGGCGUUGUUGUGUUGUAUCGCCGCGGGAGCGCGACGUUGGCGCAUGAAAAGCAGCAACCCUCUCGACGUUUGCGUGACGCCGAUGACGCCGGGCUUCAAGUGGACGUGAGCGACACCCAAACGGAACGCCGGAUUUGCCUGGAGUCGAAUGGGAUCAUCAUCUCACUGCGGCCGCACACGGUGGAUUUUGUUCUUCGCAUGCAUAACGUUAUUGGUCUUAUGCAUCGUGAAGGGCUCUUUGUGGUUGAAGGCAAACACAGCACGAGCAACAGUUGGGGCAAUAACGAGGGUGACGCCGAUACAGCUGAAAUUCCGGUUUCCCAGAAUGAAAAACAAACAGUGUUGAUUAUUCGUGUUGCUCAUUUUUUGUUGAUGAUGGAGAAUACGGCGUUACUGGAAGCUCGAAAUGUGGAGUCACGUUUAGGCUGGAAAGAUGGAAGCACUGCAGGUAUUGACACUUACAUUCCGUACAAUAUUUUUAUUGGGGAUCUCUUGUUGCGAGAAACGGAUAGUCAUCAUAUAUUUGUGUCUAUUUCAGCCAUUGAGCUGUCUCUCGGAGUAGGAGAAGUGAGCAUUCGAGCAAAUCCAUUUAUUAUAAAUAACUACGACGUGUUGUUUUACGCGCGUCUUUGGAAUAGUGCGGAGGCGCUUUACCUUUAUGUUUUGCAGAACGUCACAUUCUCAAAGAAACAUGAGGAUGGGUUUCAGCAGACCGUGAUGGCAACUCUUACAGAUGUACGUGUGUGCUUUUUUCUAUCUCGAGAACACCCUGCUUCUGGAGAAACGGCCGGCAGGAUGGAAAUUGUGUUUCCCGUCGUGAUUUUAAAGCAAAAGGCGAGCACAGUGGAGAAUCGUGUAACGUUUGAAACGGAAAAAGGUAUCAUACGCUAUCGCCGCCCAGAGGGUCGGCUGCCGCCCUUUGUGAAAAAUAUUUGCUUUUCUUGCUUUGUGGAGAAUGGCCUUGUGACGCAGUCUUCUUCCGUCAUGAUACGUCUCAGUGGCAUUGAGGCCUUUAUCCCUCUUGGGGAUACUUUGCAGUGUUGUGCAGAGGCAGUGGCGCAGGCGUUCCUGCCGCUGCUUUCUGUUUUUUCUACGGUGUACCGCAACGUUGACGUUGGCCCUUCUCCCACGAUCGAUUUACCCGCAACGCCACUAUUUUGCGACAGGCUUGUCUUUAAUGUUCCAUUGGUUUCGUUGAAUGUUUGUGCCUCCCAGUCGGAUGAAGAAGAAUUGGUAGAAAGGCCUGCCGUUCUUUUUGGCGUCAGUUUCCGUCACAUCGUCUAUGAGCGAAGCCGCACCGGUGGGAAUGAGACGACACUUGCCCAGAUUCAAUCCGUCACCAGCACUGUGGACGCAACCCUCCAGAAGGAAUUUGUCAGCGCAAAAUCCCCGAACGGAGUGCUGGAUGAGCCGUCCCAGUGGGCCUUAUACUUCUGUAAAAAGAUUUCAUCGGGCGAGAGAAAGGCGUUUCUCCCCUCAUCAUCUCACACGGAUGAGGAAAAAGAACAAGGCGAGGGUGGAUAUGCGUUACGGCAUGAACAACUACCUAGGCGUCUUGUAAGUGUCAUUUUCCGCGCCCAUGCCGUCAAACUUACCGUUUCACCAAAGCUUCUCAGCACUCUAAACGAGCACGUUCUUUUACACGUUGCAUCCGGAGUUCAUCGCAUUAGGAGUAUGACGGCAUCGUUGUUUUCAUCCCGUCAUAUGGGAGAUUCUGGAUCUUCGUGGAGUCACAGCUCUGUUAGAGACCCCAAUGAUCGUGUUAUCAUUAUCACAAGUGAUUGUUUUCUGAGCAAUGACCUCACACUGGGUGGAAAAAGUGGAUCAUGUCUUCGAUUUUCAAAGGGGGCCAUUGAAAGCAAUCCGCAUAAUAAAAUAACUGUGAAAGGCAUUAAUCAUGCAAAGGUUUUUGUGUCGAUUUUUGUGACUCCCGAUGGCACGUUGAAACCGCCUAUUGUUGUGGAUCCAGGCCUGACAGUUAUAGUUGAAGGUGUUCCGUUUUUUACGGAACGGGGAAAACUGACUGACUACGUCGAUUUGGGUGCGCGUUCACUCUUUUUGGCGCCCACUGAAAUGCCUACAGCGAAUUCCCUUGGGUAUUCAGUGAAUUCACUGGAUACCCCUACCGCUAUUGUACCGUUGAAUACCGUACGUUGGUAUAAUCUUGAGGUGGUGAUCGAUGCCUCGAUUGAUGUUGCACUAUGUCUUUGGUCCGUACAUCAAUCGAUUGAGGUCUCCGGUGAGGCGUAUGCACGGUACAAGCUGGAGAAGAACUGCUACGAGGGCAACCGAGGGGUAAGAGAUUUCAUAGAUGAGUCUGGUGAGGUGGCACUGUCGAAUGUGUCAAUCUUGUGUGACAGUGGCCCCAUCACAAAGAACCCAGCAGGCCUGAUGGUUUACGUAAAGCACCAUAAAUUGAAAGAGGACCACACAAAUGCCGGCAUGACCGUGGUGCGAGCAAUAUUUCCGAAUAUAAGUUUUACGCUUUCGCUGGGGAACCUCCGACUUCUGUAUGACACUCUUGACCAGCUACAACAAGGCUUGAAUCACAUUGCAUCCACCAUGGAAAUGACAACAACCCGGGAAUCGGGAGAGAAUAGGGACGAGAAUGGGAAGCUUGGAAAGGGCGGAAAAACUUUUUCCGGCAGCAUGACGUAUUCCCCUCAUGCUGAACCUUCAUUGUUGUGGUCGCGUGACGGAGAAGUGGCACCAUUGAUUGAGUUUGGUGCAUCAGCAGCGUGUAUGGAACUCAUUUUGACGAAUGACUUCUACAGACCUGAGGUGUCAAUUGUUCUUAGUAGUUCUGCCCUCAUGGCAAAAGGAACGCGUAGUUUUAAUCGCAUGACUUGGACGGCGUCUACAACGGUGCAUGUUACGGACUACCCGCAGUUGCAGCCUUCACGUGAUUUGCUUCUCGUAUCACCUGAGGUGGCAGUGGAGUACGCCCGGUAUGCCGGCGGUGGGUUCUCUCUCCAAGGAGCUCUGACUUGUCCAGAAUUAUCUGUGACGCUCCCGUUGGUGACGGCGUUGCGUCUUCUCCGCUUUCGUUUUGACUUGCAACGCACUGGGGCCUACUCGUUUCGCAACUGUACCGGCAUCCCACUUCUUCUUUUAGCGGUGAUGAAGGUCAACAAGAAGAAUACUGGGGAAAGAGCUCCUUUCUGUCGUCUGCCUCCUGGAAAACUUGUGAAGGCAAGCAUUUUCCAUUACAAUCAAACCCGAUUUCGCAUUAUUGCUGAUAAUAAGGAAGACAUGGACGAGUGUGAUGGGAAUCUUAGCAUGUCCGGUGCCGAGGUGGACUUGUCAGCACUGCAGCGCGGGGCCACGUGCCGCUUUCCACUUCUUGGACCCUCUCUUGGUGCCCUGGACAUCGUGAUGCGCCUGGAUGAGAUUGGUCGCAUUGUCGACAUCACCACCUCUGUCGAAAUCAAGAAUGAGCUUGCCACACUUGCUGUAUGCCUGCCCGGAACUCCCUUUGACCCGUGCACGGUCAAGCCAAAGGAAACGUGUUACGCAACCCUUCCGUGUCUCCGUCAUCCAUUUUUGCUGUCUGUUGGGGAAUGGCAGCUGAGGACGAGGAAUGCGCUUGUCACAUUAGAAACAUUGAUCAAUGCAUUUACACUUUUAUCACCUGAACAGAAUGGCACGCUGGCAAGUAGUCUGAGCGACGCUGCUGUUGUCGCUCCGAGGCGUGCAUACAUGGAAGACGAUGACACGCUCAUGCUCCCUUUAACUCUCUCAAAGGGACAUGAUGAUGAUGAGGGCCGGGCUGAAGCGGGGGAGAAAAACAAAGAAAAGAUGAGGGUUCUGUUGGUGCUCACUCGGAGGAUUGCAUUGGAGAAUGAACCUCGCACGUCACACCUUUUGCCCCGUUAUGAAGUGGAAUUGCGUGUCUGCCCGAUGGUGGCUGUCUUUAAUGAGACAGGGAUGGCGCUUGCGGUGACGAUGGUAUCAUCUUCAUUUGUGGAUGCGGCGGUGCGUAAGUUGACUUUUUUGCGUGGAGAAGAAGAGUUUAACUACGUUUCCCAGGGCCAUGAGGGAGAAACGCUCAUGAUGGAGUUAACAUGUGAGUUUGCGGAGGGUGUGCGGUUGUGUUCCGCCGAGCCGCUGCCUCUCACUUUCACGGGAACAACGACAGUCGUCAUGAAAGACCCAGUUGGUGGAAGAAUGGCCGCUCUUUUGGUGGAGCGAGCGGCGCACAGUAAAUUUAUUGUGCGUGCAGCAGCCAUUUUGGUGAAUGCAUUGUCUUUCCCCGUGCGAGUGUACGACGGGUCGAAUGCACUGAUUUUGGGGCAGAAUGCUGAGGUGGGUCUCUGCUCGGGGAGUGAGUUGCCUCUGACACUUCCAAUUAUUCGAGAGCAGCUCCCGCGACCUGACACCGCUGUCUCGGUGCGUGUUGUGGCGGGUGGUUUCACGGCGAAGUCUUCUCAACAGUUUACUUGCAACGCCCCAACCGUUUCGGGUAUACUUCAGAGCGUGGAUGGGGACGUGGUUCGCAUAUUUAGGGCACAGCGGUCGGGCGGGAUUAAAAAAAUGUUUGCCCCCACGCCUGUGGUUCGUCUGGAGCCCAUGUGGGUUUUCCGCAAUCAAUGUGGCGUCCUUCCCUUAACGGUGUGCCCCGUGGGAAUGACGGAGUCUGUGGUCAUUGAACCGCAUUCAAAAAAGGAGUGGACCACCUUUUCUUUGUCAUCUGCGUCCGAUCCACUGAUACAGGUGCGUUAUGGCAGAAAUGAGGAAGAACUCUUUAUGUGGUCCGAGCCGUUUAAACUGGUUACCCUUGUUGGCACCAACGUGUCUAUCGUCAUGAGGCAUCGGAUGCGUGAGAAGACGGCAGAAACGGGAGAAUCGGUGUUGUCAUCAUCCGUUGUCAAGGCGGGUGUGGCCGUCUUUACAAGCAUGCGGAUCCCGAUUAUGGCAGGAGAUUCCCCGACAUGUGAACAUUUUGCGUGUCUUAGCAUUACGCCUUGGCGAAGGAAUGGAAUCUUUUACGUCGAUUUUUUUUUGGAUGCGAAAGUUCCGGUAGUUGUUGAAAAUCGCACUGAGCGGUUGCUACAAUAUGAACACGUAAGAAAGUCUUCCUCAGCCCCAACGCAAUUUCUUUGCGCCUACAUCAUCCAGCCCUUUACGGACGGUGUAACAUGCCUUGAUAGUGGGGAUACCGUCCAUGUCAUGCGAAUUACUUUGUUUGACGAGAAGAAGCCUCCUCAGCAGUGCGUCAUUGAUUUGUCAAAAGCCGCCGCGACACACGAGGCCGUAAGGGCAUCUCAAGGGAUGUUUGUAUUAUGUACUUAUGACUACAGAUUGCAGCGCUACUACGUCUCUGUUACAACAGACCGUUCACUUGAAAGCAGGCUUUUAUUUCAAUCCCGGUACAUCAUUCAUGUGGAGAUGUUUAUUCGCUCGCUUUCACUGUACAUCGCGUCUAUAUGUGUCCCAAAGGAUGAGAACACGUUACUAAAAUCACCACUGGCGGUACUGGUGACGAGAAAUCAACUUCAAUUGGGCCGAGUUAUCACUCCAGAGGACUCCGCGAAUGCUGAGGUACUUGCAGCGCUCAAGUGCCGGGAACUUGACAUUGUCCUCAUUCAAGCCCUUGGGAUCUACAGUGCUCUUUCUGUCAAUGAAAAGCAUUAUUUUGGCCAUCUCGAUGUUGGACGUUUAGCGUUUAUUGACUGCACAAACCCUCGACCAGCCCACCCGGUCAUCAUCGGCUUAAACAGCGGAGAGGCUCGUCGUAGUACAUCGAAUGACAAGGUUGAAAAGCCCUCCUUAUCGGUAAAUGUGCACGCUCUUGUUCCGGGUGAAUCCACGGUUGUGAAUGUGGGUUGUGCGUCGGUAAAGGAUGUGUUGCUUCCGCUUCAGCACCUUCGUGUCGAUGUGGCACCAGUGACGGUGAAACUGGUCGAUUCAUUUCUUUUUAUUUUGCGUCAGGCUGGCAUCUGUAUAUUGGAAACGACACAGCAAACCGUAUCCACUCGCACCAUGCAAGAGCUGGAAGAGGAUUGUCAUAGCCAUGUUGACCAUCUAGCGUCACCCUCCUCGUUUGAGGAGAUCCCUGUUUAUAACUGCCACAUCACACAAUUGAAUAUUUCACGCAUUGAUUUGGAUCUCACCAUCACACGCCGUAGCGAUGGGAAGUUUGAUCCUUUUUCGGGUAUCACCCUUGGCAGUCGGUUUAUACCAUCCGUGGAGCGGGCCCCUUUGAGCAUCAGUGAGGUGGAGAGGCGGGAUGUGAGUCAGCGUGGAAGCUCACCGUAUAGUGCAUUGCUAUCAUUGUUAUGGCCCUCGUAUAGGAAUCAGCUUAUGCUUCAGUUCUACAAGAUCAUUGGUUCCCUUGAGAUUCUGGGCAACCCCCUCGCACUAAUAAGCGGAUUCCAAAGAGGAGUCCAUUCAUUUGUUGUUGAGGUGGCGGAUAUGAACCCUGCGAAGGGGGCCCGCGAAUUUCUUCUUGCAACCACCUCCUCAGCUUUGCACACGGUUGGUCUUCUUUCCCGCGUCGGCAGCCGGACGGCAGCGACUCUCUCGUGGGACAAUGAAUGGCUUGAAACGAGGGGAGAGGAUGCGCGAAUUAGUGACCCCAUGAAUCGCAGUGGAGUCUUGUUGGGCAUGGCGCAAGGACUGCUUGACGGCAUUGAAGGUGCGCUCUCUCGUCCCUUGAGUGGCGCGCGAGCGACCGGUUUUACUGGAUUUUGCACGGGCAUCGCAACCGGUGCGGUGGGACUACUCACACGGCCAGUUGCCGGGGCUCUGGAUGGAUUUGGAAACACUGCGGAGUUUUACUCCAAGUUACUGCAAGAACCGGAUGAGAUUCCAAAGGCGCACCUGAGUUAUCUUGAGAGUGAGCGUAAUUUCAUUGCGGCUGCCGUCAGAAAUCCCAGCAAUUUUUCCGCUACUGGUAGGACAUCUUCCAGUGAUAGUAUGAAGAAUUCUGCAUCGUCAACAGCUUCAGGUAGCACCGCGGGGCCCAGUUCCAAUUUUACGGAACUUUUGACGCGACUGGGGCCUAGCAAAAAGUGGAACACCGAUGGCUGCGAGUUUGUGUCUCGGAUAACGUACGAUUGGAUAAGGCGGAAUGCAAGGUGCGAGGAUUCUCAUGGCGAAGACGCCACGCGAGCUCUAAAGCGUAGUGCUGGCGUUCAUAAUUAUGCUCUUUACGCGGAUUGGAACUCUUUUGUGGCAAACGCCACACCGGAAGAAUUUUACAACUGGGUCCAUGUUGCACUUGCGGCUGCGCUUGGUAAAGAAAUGGAGGCUGUCCUAUCGAGUGGCGACUUCUCUGGGGGUGGGCGUGCUCCGUCAAAGCUCCAGCGGACUCGUGAGUUUUUGCCCGAUACCCAAGGAAUUGGCAGUAGCAUUGGAGCGGGCCGAGGUCAUUAA